GGAAAAAUCAAGUUUUCGAGUAUUUUGCGUUUAAAUAUUUUUAUGGGAAAGAGCACGCGCGCAUGACGUCAUGAAAAGCGCUUAGGCUAGCUUCCAUCUUGCUACGAAACAAAGAAACUGACGUUACGCGUUAUUAAUUUAAUAUAAAGUUAGGCGUUUAAUCGAUAAACAAAGACGUAAUAAUUGUGUUUGAAUAUCAAUCGGAAGUACACAUGCAUGUCUUUUGUGCACAGUGUGGUUUUUUAAUAAACAUGACAUAAAUCUAUGUGUUAUUCAACGUAUUGUGUGCGACGAGUUGAAGAGAGGUUUACACGGCUAGGCUUUCCGAGAUAAAUUUGCACCGACCAAAUACAAGGGCAAACUGGCAAAGGACCUGUGUGCACAAGUGCGAAGGACUGUGAUCCAACAAAUAGUAGCGUAACAAUGUCAAAAAUGUGUUCAUUUUGCCCGCACCUUCAACAGACAGCAAACGCUUCAAUUAUGGGAUACCAGAACAUCCCGUCCGUGAACUUUUUCUGCGAUAAAGAUGACCCGUCCGUUCCAGCCUGGCAAAGGCACAACAAGAAGGCGCCUACGAAACAAAAUAUUCGCUGCAAUGGGAAGAGCGCAUGGGAAGUAAUGAGAGAACACUCUGAUUUCCGCACAGGUUCAACUCUACCAGAACAAACGAACACGGAACCAAUCUUUGAAGUAUUACAAGAGACCAGUCCAAUCAGAGUGUUUGUCUUGGACACCUCUGGAAGCAUGAGCACAGACGACAAAAUCGGGAAUCUACAUAGGGCUGGAACAUACAUAAUCAAUAGAGUUCUUGAAGAAGACAGCUGGUUAGGUGUCGUAUGUUUUAACGAUUACGCUCGGACUACAGCCAUUAUGACACAUAUUAUAUCAGACUCAGACAAGAAGAAUUUGGUUGCUAGUCUACCAACGUCGGCGCAUGGAGGCACGUGCAUCGGAUGUGGGAUACUACAUGCGAUUGACAUGCUGAAAAUCAUGCCUAGAAAUACUGCUGAAAAUGCAGAGAUCAUUCUUAUGUCAGACGGAGUGGACGGAAACGCUCAGGCGUUGACGAAUGCAAGGAGAAAGGCGAUCGAAUCAAAGGUGGUCAUUCAUACAGUGUCCAUAUCCCAACAAGCAGACCAAAGAAUGAUUUCAUUGGCCAGAGACACCGGAGGAAAGCACUACACAUUUUUGGACAAAGGAGACAUAAGCUUUUCGGCUAUCUUUUCUCAAGUUAUUACCAUUAGCGCUACUGAUAUGACAUCAAAGCCUGAAACGCUGUUGUUUAAAAGUGUCGACGAACAAUCUGUCAAAAUUAACUUCAAUUUCACAUUGGAAACUGGCAUGAACACAACCAUUUCCGUCCUUACGAAGCUUAGCUAUAGUGUUAACCUCACUCUGGAGAUAACUGGGCAAUCUGUCAUGCGCUACCAAUCGUUUAAUGGAACAUCGCUUACGUAUCAGAUACCAGAAACAUUUGAGGCCGGUCAGUACCAGGUAAUUGUUACCUCUGGUAGGGUUACUAGCUGGGAGUACACCGUUAGCUCGUUGCAAUCGGGCUCAAAUCAAAUCAUGACAACAACACGCCUUUCGAAAACAACAAUGGAUUUCACAAAUUCUGGAAGAGAUAUGCCUGUGGUUCUUGCUGAUGUCACAAAGGGCUUUGCACCCGUAACUAAUGUGGACGUGGUUGCGUUUGUAGAGGGGUCAGAAAACGUAUUGUGCAACAUAACACUUAGAGAUAACGGACAAGAACCUGACACUGCUGUUGACGACGGAACGUACUCUGCAUUUAUCCUGCCGAGUUGUAUGGCAAGCAAAAGGCUGACCUUGCGUGUCGAAGUUUUUGGCAGGAAAGGCCAGGCAGGCGUUCAAAAGAAACUGAGAGGGGCCAUUGCAAUCGAAGAACCUGAGGUCGAAUAUGAAGUUCUGAAACAGAGUUUUCAACGGUUUUCUAUUCCUGAAUCAUUGUUUAUUGAGAAUCUACCAGCGGAUCUGGACCUGCCUCCAGGUCGAAUUACUGACCUGAGUGUCGUUCCGCUACCGGAAGCGAUAUGAACGUGGGACAAGCAACGUCUUACGACAUACGGAUCGCCGAGGAUAUUGAUACUAUCAUGUACAACUUUACGAUGGCCGAGAAAUUCAGUCUUAACAACGAUACCCUCGUUCCAAAGCCGUCUGGAACACCAGAAGCCAUCAGGAUUUCUGUAAAUGCAG